AUGCAACGCGAAAAAAUUCCAAAAAUUAUUAUUAUCGGUGCAGGCCCAGGAGGACUUGCUCUUUAUCAUGCAUUGAUAAAGAACAAAGAUAAAAAAGAAUUCGAUGUAAAAAUCUUCGAAAGGGAUUCUAGUCCAAGGGAACGAUGGCAAGGAUAUCAUAUAGUGUUGAACUAUCCCGGAAUUCGAUCGCUUUUGAAUUGUGUGCCAUCUUCGAUCAAUUCAAACCUUCAAAAAGCGAUUCCAAAUCCACUUCCCGGCGUAGAAUUUCAUGGAGCAACACUUUUCGAUAAUAAAGGAAAACUUAUAUUACAUCCACCAUCUAUUCAAUUUAAAGACUUUAACGAACUUGUAAAAGUUGAUGAUGAAUAUUCCGUGUUGAUUGCUUAUCGAGAUAGACUUAGAGAUGUAUUAUUAGAAAGUGUACCGGUUACUUGGGGAAAAAAAUGCAUUGGAUACGAAGAAACUAAAGAUGGUGUUUGGGCAAUGUUUGAUGAUGGUUCACAAGAAUUUUGUGAUAUUUUAGUUGGCGCAGAUGGAAUUUAUUCUCCAAUUCGAAAACAGAGACUACCCGAAUUACAAAUUUUCAAUUUUGGAUUAACAAAUGUCAAUCUCGGAUUACAUGGUGAUUCGUCAUCGCUUCUUUUUCGUCUAAUUCCAAUCGAGCAAGAGCCAGGUUACGAGAAUAAAAACAAUUCUAAUGAGCUUCAUUACAGAUUAACCUUGAAUUAUUCGUAUCCCACAAAAUUAGACGACCGUGAAUCCGUUCAAAUCAAAGUUGAUGAUAAUGAUUCUGCAUCUGACAUUGAACAUGUCAAGCAGAUGGUUCGAAAUUUUGGAUCAAAAUGCGAAUUUAAUGAUUUUAUAUUAGAAUUUUGGGACUUGGUUCCUAAAUCAGCUCCAAAUGAUCCAGAAAAGUUUAAAUUUAAAACUUAUAAUCCGACACGACGAAGACAAUAUCAAGAUAUUAAUCCGUCAUCUAUUCAACCUUGGACAAGUAGUCGAGUAACAUUAUUAGGAGAUGCUGUUCAUGCUAUGAAUCCUGUACAUGGAUUGGGAAUAAAUAAUGCUUUCCAAGAUGCCGAUCUACUCUCUCAAGCACUAAUUAAUUAUUCAUCAGAAGAUCCUAUUUCCUGCAUUCAAGGAUAUGAAAAAGAAAUGCGAAAAAGAUCAACCGUCGACGUGUUAAAAUCUAGAUCUAUGGCAUUGCGAUUGUCCACUCCUGUUGGUCGUAUUAAAGCCAUUAUUAGAAAUUAUGGUUUUAAGGUUAUAAAUUUCUUUAUCAACUUUUAA